AUGUCACUCCUUCCAGCGAACACGCCUCCAAAGCGAAGACAAAGCCAACCAAACCACGUCGUCAACCACAUCGCCAUUGCUGUUCCCGAUGUGGAGGCCGCGAUAAAAUGGUACACUGAAAUCUUGGGGUUUCGCAAAUUACGCCAGACUCCUCGCUUGACCGAACGACGCAAGACCCCGAACGCCGCCAUAUUUGACAUCUACGGGGACGAGUUACAGACGCUGAAGAUCGCCUUUCUCGUCGCAGGCAACGGGGUCGGUAUCGAGCUGUUCGAAUUCAUCGAGCCUUCGAUGACCCAGCCGGCAUCUUUCGACUAUACUCGAGGGGGCGUCUUCCAUAUUUGCCUGACUGUGUCGGAUCCCGACGCUCUCUGUGCGAAGGCAGUCGCUGCUGGUGCGAAGAAAAUUGGCAAAACCAUCUGUCCGUGGCGACAUCUCGAUGAAGAUGAUGUAGCACUCUAUAUCCAAGAUCCCUGGGGAACCGUGAUCGAGUUCUUGAGUUGCGACUUCGAGCUUCUUAUGGCGAACCGCGUGGAAGCGAUGGCGCCCGAAGCGGGCAGUGAUUGA